UUCACGCACAAUGUAGUUCCGGUUCAAUUUCCCUCUUCAGUAAAUGUGUGACAACAUCAAAUAGUUUUUUAUACAGCAAGUGAACUUAAAAAACAAUAUGCCUGGGGCAGACAAGGAAACAGAUCUUACGGAACGAAUCGAGGCUUUUCUUGCCGAUUUGAAGCGGGGAGGCAGUGGGACAGGACCCCUCCGAGGGUCGGGGGAAAUGGCCAGAGAAACCACAUAUUUGCUUCGGAGAAUAACAGCCCAGGCACGAUGGAGCAGCGCAGGUGACCUGAUGGAGAUCAUUCGCAAUGAGGGAAGGAGAAUGACGGCCGCCCAACCGUCCGAGACCACCGUGGGCAACAUGGUACGCCGCGUGCUCAAGAUCAUCAGGGAGGAGUAUGCCAGGUCCCGUGGUAGCAGUGAGGAGACCGAGCAGCAGGAGUCCCUCCACAAGCUGCUGACGGCAGGGGAACUGAGUGAGGAGAACUUCAGACAGCACUUUGUUCAUCUCAAAGCCAACGUCAUAGAGGCCAUCAAUGAACUCCUCACAGAGCUGGAUGGCACCACAGACAACAUCGCCAUGCAGGCCCUGGAGCACAUCCACUCCAACGAGGUCAUCAUGACUGUCGGCCGCUCACGCACCGUCGAGGCCUUCCUCAAAGACGCAGCGAGGAAACGCAAGUUCCACGUCAUCGUGGCCGAGUGUGCCCCCUUCUGCCAGGUAUACGCUAUACUUUCACCCCUCAUUCGCUUCCAUCAACCCUCCCUCUAUCCAUCCAUCAUCAUCCCUCCAUCCAACUAUACCUCCAUCCCUAUCUAUCCCUCUCUCCCUGCAUGCCUCUAUCCAUCAUCCCUCCAUCCAACUAUACCUCCAUCCCUAUCUAUCCCUCUCUCCCUGCAUGCCUCUAUCCAUCAUCCCUCCAUCCAACUAUACCUCCAUCCCUAUCUAUCCCUCUCUCCCUGCAUGCCUCUAUCCAUCAUCCCUCCAUCCAACUAUACCUCCAUCCCUAUCUAUCCCUCUCCCCUGAACACUUUCUAUGGAGAUGGUCAGUGA